AACCCCCAAAGAAAACCUACCUUCUAAAUUUCAUAUCUUCCUUUCUCGUACCAGAACUACUCUUUUCUACGCAUCUUUUUAGGGUUUCAUAACCCAAUCAAAGGAACCAAGUUUCUACUUCUCUCAGUUACUCAAAUCUCUCUGUCGACCUCAUUGGGUUUCUUCUGCCACUAACUUAUCAGAGAAAAGGAAUUACGUUUAGAUACGGGGUUGGUAGCAUAGGUCGUUGGGUUGUCGAACUUGGGUUCAUCACCGUAUGCGCUGAUAAACAAUCAUUACUUCACUCACAGGUUAAAGCAAGCGCAAUUAUAAAUGGAGUCUAACCAAGCUACUUCUUCUUCGAUGGAAGUUGAGACAGUACCUUCUGAAAUGAAUUCUGCACCCGCUUCUCUGCCAACAAAACCAAAGUUUGAGCCUUUAAUGGCUCAUGAGAUGUCUGAUGGCCGAGUUCAAUUUCGGAAGGUGUCUGUCCCCCCACAUCGUUAUUCACCUCUCAAGAAACUAUGGUUGGAUAUCUACACACCAGUAUACGAGCAGAUGAAGAUCGACAUACGAAUGAAUCUUAAGGCUCGGAAGGUGGAAUUAAAGACUAGACAAGACACACCUGAUGUUAGUAAUCUACAGAAGUGUGCUGAUUUUGUUCAUGCUUUCAUGCUCGGUUUUGAAGUGAUUGAUGCCAUUGCCCUUCUUCGUAUGGAUGAGCUCUAUGUUGAGUCCUUUGAGAUAAAGGAUGUUAAAACUCUCCGUGGUGAGCACUUGUCUCGUGCAAUAGGUAGACUAUCUGGGAAAGGUGGUAAAACGAAAUUUGCAAUUGAGAAUGCUACUAAGACAAGAAUUGUGAUUGCUGAUACCAAGAUUCACAUAUUGGGGUCUUUUGCAAAUAUUAAGGUAGCUAGAGAUUCCCUUUGCAGCCUUAUUCUCGGUUCCCCUGCUGGAAAGGUAUACUCGAAACUAAGAGCAGUUUCUGCUAGAUUAGCAGAAAGAUUUUGAUUCAUACAUUCAUGCAAUCUUGUUCUAAUUUAUAACUGCGUGUUAUGAGUUUUGGUAGUUUUUUUUGGGUUCUUAUAAGCUUAGUUUUCUGAGAAUUGAGUUUUGAUUUGCUUUUGAGAAAUCUUUUUUAGGGAAAAAUUUAUGUCUUGAAAUAUCAUUUAUAAGGACAUCAUUUGUACUUAAGUUCUUCAAUGAACUACAGGCACCAUAUAUAAGAAUGUUUUGAAUGAAA